AUAUAUAUGUAUAUAAUCUGAGAUACUCUUAUACUUACCAAAGAAAACUUUCUUUUAUCAACAAAAUAUACAUCUCUAAGCAAUGGUACCUACUACUAAGGUUCAUUCCUCUCCCUCAUUGCUUCUUCUUCUUAUUCUUCUUCUAGCAAUUUAUCAUCAUCGUCAUCACCCAGUUCUUGCAAGGCGGCCUGUAGAAACUGAAAAUGAAGAUGGGUUUUGUUUUAAGUUUAGGGUUCAUGUUAUAAAUGGCUUGAGCAGCAAUGCAAACCCACUGUUCCUCAGAUGUUGGUCACUAGAUGAUGAUCUAGGGGAGCACCACCUAUAUAUUGGAGGAGAUUUCAAUUUCAAAUUUGGGUUAAAAGUCUUUGGCAGAACUCUAUUUACUUGCUUCUUUGAGUGGGAUAACAAAAAUCAACAUGUUGAUGUGUUUAGAGAUAAUGUUGAGGCAAAUCUAUGUUGUGACACACAAACUUGCUUCUGGAGAGCUCAAGAUGAAGGGAUUUUUUUCAGUGUUGAUAGUCAAACCUGGGACAAAAAAUUUAAUUGGACGAGUUCGGUAGUUUAGGAGGAAAAAUAAAACAGAAAAUUACACACAGAAUAUGAAAUAAAUAAAGUGAAGUUGUGGGUUCUUUUUUCUCUGUUGUCUUUAAAAGUAUGCUUAAUGUUGUGUAGGGUUAUCAAUAAAUUUGUUUAUGUCCAUAAGACGCAUUGUGUAAUAAUUAAUUGAUGAAAUGAAAGAUAAUAGUGUUGUUUGUUA